CAUUUUCAAUGCUUCUGCUGGGAUCCCAUCUUAUCCUACUGCUUUUCCAGCUUUUAGCAUUCUUAUUGCCUUCAGGAUUUCUAUUUCUGUCGGAGGGUUGAUGUCCACUGUGUCUGCUUCCUCUGUUGGUAUUAUUAUGCGCGUUGUAGGUGAUGGUCGGUUUAGAAGUCUUCUGAAGCCUUCGGCCCAGUAUUUCCUUUGCUCCACCUCAUUGAUGAUUGACUUUCCAUUGUCAUCCUUCACUGGCUUAAUUUGUGUUGAACUUUUCCCCGAUAGGGACCUUGUUGUUUGAUAGAGUGUUGCGAUGUCUCCUUUGUCUGCAGCUUGUUUUUCUUCACUUUUCAUAGCUUCCUAAUAUUAUCUUUUGCCUUCCUUGGCACUCUUCUUCACUUUUUUGUUCAGUGUAUUGUAGCUUG